AUGUCGACGACUUCAUCUCCCUCGCCGUUGCAAGGCCCAACUGGCCGUGUCGAUGAGAAAUCUCUACCCCAGGGUCAGUGCCGCUACAUAUUGCUCGUACCUGGCAUCAAAGGCCAACGAUGCGCUUGUGUUCACUUUUCUCUCAAUCGAUCUACGCCCGGCGCUAGUUGCGACUGUGGGCACAUGGCCUGCUAUCAUGUCAAGACCCCAGAGCCGUCAUCGACCAGAGAGGAGGUCGAACUUCUGAAGCAGCGACUUCAAGCCCUCGAAGAACAACUUGACCAGCAGAGACAAGGCGGCCUUGGAACCGUCGUUGCCAGAGUGAGCGAACUGGAAGACCUUGUCGACAAAAGUCGUGAAGAGAUAGGCCAGGAGAUCAAGGGCUCUUAUCGCAACAUCAACAGAGUAUGGCAGUCUGUAGAGCAGCUUGAGCGUCAAACCUCCCACCUUCGGGAAGCCCUACGCUCCCAGUCAGAACACAUGGAACGUGUCAACGGGGAGUUGGAGAGCGUCAGCAAUCGACAAUUGGAGCUUUUCGACGCCGACGAAAGCAUCGAAGAGAGACUGGAUCAGCUAGAGUCGGACCAUGAUUCUUUGGCCAGUCGAGGUGGCCAGGUCCCGAACAUGACAGAGGAAGCAAUCUUGUCCCGGCCAGACGCUGUGACGGCCUCCAACCGGCAACAGUCGCUGGGUGUCACUCUGUAUUCACAGCCCGAGGCCGAGGUCAUUCCAGGAGAAACCAUCCGUACCUCACCAACCCUCAGCACCGCCGAUUCCAACACAAGUUCAAGCAACUGUGGAGCUUGGACAGUUCAUAUUUCGCUUCUUCCGACAGCCUCUCAGCCUUUCCCAUUCGAAAGGGACACCAACGCCUACAAGCGCUGCUUGUCCCGAGGGCUCCACCGGACUGUAGUAGUUGGCGGUCCAGAUAGUGACUCUUUUGUUGAGGCUGUUACAAAAUCUUUCGGUAGCCUACUCAGAGGAAGAUCCUGGAUGCCUCUACAGGCCAAGCUUUGCGACGCAGAAAGGCUCCAAGGGCUUCCCAUGCUCAGGCCACUGGACUCCAGACUUGUUGACAGCGACUAUGAUCUCAACUUUCUCAAGAAAUUUUGCGGCGUCUGCGAGGCCAACGGCAAGAUCGAUUCUCUAUAUAUAGCCAUGCGCCAGGACAAGUUUUCAUGGCACUUUCUACGAAACUCUCCGAUAUUUAUAGAGGGUCUCGAGAAUUGCUGGAUUUACGAUCACUUCUUAGAUCCAAACGACCCAGUUGAAGAUGAUCGCAUGGAAGAGCAUGAUCGACCCUCCGCCGGAGACAUUGUCCCGAGUCUUCCAAACCUGAAACGAGCAGCAUCCGAGAUGUCGCGAACAGCUGGCUUAACAGCUGCCACGACAGGCAGCGAUUCUGACGGCUCUCGAACCAAGACACCCCGGACCUCUUGCCUGCCAAGUCUAGUUGAAUCGCGGAGGCGUGUAGAGACUGUGUGA